AUGUCAUCUCCUCUUCGAAUAGGAUACAUCGGUCUGGGAGCAAUGGGCUUACCCAUCUCCAUCAACCUCACGAGAUACAUCAAGGCCAACAACCUCCCGCCAAUGACCGUUUGGAACAGAUCUCCCGCUAAAUAUGAUUUGCUCAAACCGCAUGCUCCCGAUACGCAUUUCGUAGAGAGCGUCGCAGAGGUGGUCGAAAAGUCGGAUAUGGUGUUCAGUAUGUUGAUUGAUGAUAAGGCUGCCGAAGAUGUCUUCACCAAGGCUUUCAAUCACCUCGAAAAGAAGGAGAGAAAGGGGGUGGUCUUUGUAGAUCAAAGUAGUUUGAAAGCUAUUACCAGUGGCAAACUAGCCGAACAAGCUUCAUCAGUCGGUGCAACCUACCUUUCAUGUCCUGUAUUUGGUCGACCACCUAUGGCAGAAGCAUCCAAAUUACUUAUUGUCUUCUCGGGUCCGGAAGAGGUCAGGGAGAAGGUAAAAGGGAUUUUGAUACCUGCUGUAGGAGAUAGGGUCGUGGAUGUAGGAGAAGAUGUCAAGAAGGCCACUGCUUUAAAGUCAAUGGGUAACAUGGUUUUAUUGGGUUGGAUCCAACUUCUCUCUGAAUCAUAUGCUCUGGGAGAUGGAAUCGGUAUUGAUCCAGAGAUAUUCAAUGGAUUCUUACAACAAUUCAUACCCGCUCCUCCGUUAUUGGCAUACUCCAACUUGAUCUCCAAGGGGAUAUUCAAAUCUGGGAGUGGAUUCAGUAUAGAUGGAGGUUUGAAGGACGCUCGUAACAUGUUAACACUCGGUGAGGAUUUAGGUCAUCCCGUCAAUUUACCUACUAUCGACCUAGCCAUGAAGAACAUGGAAAGAUCCAAGGAAUUAGGAGGGAAAGACCAAGAUUGGUCUGCUCUCGCUGCUGCUGUUAGGGAAUCAAAUGGGUUGGAACCUUUUAGAGAAGGGACGAAUGGUGGGAAAGGUAAUUGA